UCGCUCUCCGCUGCGCCAGUCCGCCUCACUGACUCGCAGAACCAGUUGGUUUGGCCCAGCUCCUUCUUCUUCUCCCCCUGCCUUCCUCCUCACUGUGUGUGCUGCUGUUGUUGUUGCCUGGUGUCAACCUACGCCGACGAGAGAAGAAGACAUAUCCCUCCCUCUCCUCUGUCAGAGGGCCGCUUCCAAUUUGCCUUCACUUCUCUCCUCGCCGGCACCAUUGGCUUCCGCGCCGUGCCAGUCAACUCGCCUCCUUUCCCAGCCCGAGUUGAGCAGCAACAGCUCGGAAACAUCUGGCCGCCGCAGAGUGCUAGACUCCCCGUCCCUCCGCCUGCUCGCCCCUCGGCAGCCUGUUAUGGAAAUUAGUCCAAAGUCAAUCUAGUUUUGUCUCCGGAGGAAAGAAGAGGAGGAUUUGACGGAGGAAGACGUUGGACCGUGUUGUCUAGAGAGCGAGCGACGAAGAGAAAGAGCAAGAAAGAAAGAGGGAGAGAGAGAGAUACACACACACAGCCAUUCCCAGCCAGAGAGCCCAGCUAUUCUGCUACAGUGGAGUUAAUCAAGUUGAUGCAUACUGCUGCAGGUUAUGAGGACGGCAAGAUGGAGUUCCCAGACCACAGCAGACAUUUACUCCAGUGUCUGAGCGAGCAGCGGCACCAGGGCUUCCUGUGUGACUCCACGGUGCUGGUGGGCGAUGCCCAGUUCCGGGCCCACCGUGCUGUGUUGGCCUCCUGCAGCAUGUACUUUCACCUCUUCUACAAGGACCAGCUGGACAAGCGAGACGUGGUGCACCUCAACAGCGACAUUGUCACAGCCCCGGCCUUUUCCCUGCUCCUGGAGUUCAUGUAUGAGGGCAAGCUGCAGUUCCAGGACCUUCCCGUAGAGGAUGUGUUGGCAGCGGCCAGCUACUUGCACAUGUAUGACAUUGUCAAGGUGUGUAAGAAACGUUUGAAGCAGAAGGCCACGGCGGAGGCAGACAGCACGCGCAGGGAAGAGGAUGGUGGCUCCAGCUGCUCCGAUAAGGCCGAUAGUCUAUCAGAUGGUUCUACGGGCCGGCCUGCUACUGCCGACCUGCUGCACAGUGAUGAAGAGGAGGAGGGGAAGGCCGAGGGAGGACCGCUGUGGCUGAGGUUGCCGUCUGCAGACAGACCAGGGACACCAGCCAUGGCUACAACCAGUCCGCACGGCGAGGCAGAGAUGCAGAGUGGGGAGGCACUGGGGGAGGGAGGAAAGCUGCUCUCCCCAGCCGGCAGCCCCACCAGCUCCACUGGAUCCCUCUCACAGAGGUCACACCGCUCCGUGAGCUCUCGUGGAGGGCACAGGGGCAGGAGGGUGUCGAAUGAUGCGGCUGACUGCGUCCUGGACCUGUCAGUCAAGCCGAUUGCAGGUAGCAACCACAAUAACCACCACCAGUCCUAUUUCAGCGGGGCAGCCACACCAGACAGCCUCCAAAGCCCAUUGGCUGUGCGGGUGAAGGUGGAGAGGGGUGUGGCUUCAGACGAGGAAGAGGAACUGGGAGGUGGGGACUAUGACAUGGAGCACAGUGGCAUCACCAAGGCGACGGUUCCCAGCGCCAACGGGGGCCUGACCCACCACGGGGUCGGAGGGCCUCUGUCGGCCCAGCGGAGGCUCGGCCUGGAAGCACACCUGUCUGCUCUGCGAGAGGCCUCUCUGGCCUCAGAGCUGGAGCGGGAGGAGAAGCCUUCGGCCACAGCCGACGACGAGGACAUUCUGGGGGGUGAAAAUGAGCGCGCCCAGGCCGAGGCGGCAAGCAUGGAUAGUUCCCUGCUGCCCUACGUCUCCAACAUGUUGUCAGCUCAACACACGCAGAUCUUCAUGUGCCCGCUGUGUAACAAGGUAUUCCCCUCCCCGCACAUCCUCCAACUUCACCUCAGCUCCCACUUCAGGGAGCAGGAGGGCAUCCGCUCCAAGCCCGCCGGAGACGUCAACGUGCCCACCUGCACCAUCUGCAGCAAGACCUUCUCCUGCAUGUACACGCUGAAGCGCCAUGAGCGGACACACUCCGGUGAGAAACCCUACACCUGCACCACCUGCGGCAAGAGCUUCCAAUACUCACACAACCUCAGCCGCCACGCAGUGGUGCACACGCGUGAGAAGCCGCACGCUUGUAAAUGGUGCGAGCGGCGCUUCACGCAGUCCGGGGACCUGUACCGACACAUCCGCAAGUUCCAUUGCGAACUGGUCAACUCGCUGUCAGUGAAGAGUGAACCGCUGGCACUGCCCAAUGUCAGGGAUUGGGCGAUUGAGGACAGCUCCCAGGAACUGUGGAAGUAGAAACAGACUGCUGGGUUUGAUAAAGGGAAAGAGAGCGGAGAGUGGAAGAAGGGCAGAGAGGCAUGGGGAGGUGAAAGGGAGGUGGCAAAGUUUGAUAUUUGGGGUUCAAGUGAGUCAUGUUCUUGUGUGUCGCAAAAUCUCAUUCAAUUGCACUUUAAUAGCACAUGAAAAUGUUACUACUGAGUUUUUUUUGUUGUUGCUGUUUGGGGUAAUUUUGUUUUAUUCUAUUUUAUUCUGAACUCUUAUUUUUAUUUGGCGUAAGUUCUGUUUGGUGGUUUUCAUUGCGUCUGAGGACGUGGGUCCCAGUGAGAAUGUCUCGCCUUCUUGAAGAGUUUUCACUCUGUUUGUGUUUCAUCUCAGACACAACACUCCGACGCUGGCCAGCGUAUCGGUCCCAGUUCCACAGACAGCAAACACCACUGCAGGAGUUCAGGUCGAACACACUGAAGUGAAAAAGCAUUACAAUACACUAAACGGGUACUGUGAUCACCACCACACACACACACAGUUUGAAGAAGUGUGUGUGUGCGUGAUACUGCACUACUCUGGCAAAAAUUUCACCUGACGUGCGUGAGUGUGUGUGAGUGUGUUUUGUGUGUAUUAAUUUUAUUUUCUACUGGCAUGGAGGUGUCGUUGGCGAAGCGCUCCCCGCUUCUCUUGUUAAGCUCUUUGGUGUUGUGUGUUCAGGGUAAAGCUGACUGACUGACAGACAAACUGAUGGCACUCAUGCAAUGCACAGCCUCCUUUUUUCACUUCCAAUCAAUUUGAAGUAUUUUCUAAAAAUGAAAAGACCUUUACAAAUUAUUAUAAUAAUUAUUAUUAUUGUUAUUAAUAGAAUUUUUUUCUUAAAUCUAGCUGGCAGUCUUUAAAACAUCUCUUGUUGAAAAGGUAUUUAAUUUAAGGUUGUUGUAUAUUGUUCUGCUAUAGUUUUAGAACUUAAAUCCGUUACAAUUUUUUUUUUUUUUAAAUUAAUGAUUAUUAUUAUUAUUAUUAUUUUGUUACUUUUUUUGUAAUGGGACCUGCUGUUGUUGCAUGACGUCCAAACCUGUAUAUUUUAAAAUAAAAAUGUGAAUUUGCUGUAUUACUGUACACAUUGUAAUUGAUCAAAUAUUUGACAACAGGCUUUCCUUUUUCUUUUCUUUGUGAAUACUACUCCAGGGUGCGGUCUGUUGAAAAACUGAAUAUUAUUCUCACCACUAUGGAAAAAAAUGCAUGAAAAUUUGAUUUUGUCUUAAACCUUUAAGUUGUGGUUUUUGCAUCGGGCGGGGGUGGGGGUGGGGGGUCGAACACUUUUGACAGUGAAAGUUGGAUUUUUUUUUUUAUUUUUUUUUUUACUCGUCGUAGGUCUGUCGCUGGGCUCCUAGAAGAAUGUUACCGAAUGUGUUUCCGUCGGAUGUUGAAGCGAUAUGAUGAAGCAUUUUAAGCCUGUGUGUAUAUGCACUGAUCUCUCUGCUGCGUGUGUGUGUGUUUGUGCGUGUGUUUAUGAGCGUGUGGCUUGGUUAUUACCAGUCAAUUUAACCUACUGAAGAUCUACGUCCACCCAGCACUUCCUCCUCCUGCUCCUCCUCAGGCGUUAAAUUUCCUCCACUGCUGUAUGUUUGUUUUCCAUCUCUCGUGUCUCCGUCCUCUCCAGCUCUAGACGUGGUGAAGCCAUUUCUUAAUUAUUUCUGCUCAUUGGGCACUUACUUCAGGUCUGUUGAGUGCAGUUAUGUGGCUCUGACUCGGCUAAUGCGCAAAGAAUAACGGGGAGAGGAGAGAAAAAAGAAGGAGAGAGGCUGAAACUGAGUUGUCCUGCUGAAAGUUGAAGGGUCAGAUAUCUUCUGUCACGAGCUGUGUUGAGCUGAGCGGGUUCAGUUCAGUAACCCUCCCAUCUCAGUGCAUUUCACGUUAGACGCAGCAGCGUGAAUGUGAUAUCUGUAUGUGUGUGUGUGUGUGUGUGUGUGUGUGUUUUCCUCUUCAAACAUAAUCCUUACUUUGAGAUCGAUGGGAGAGAAUUGGCAUGCCUGAAUGCACCUUUUUAAGCUAAAAGACAUGAAAUCAGAUUUUUGCUGAAAAGAUGCCUUUAUUAAAAAACAGAAAACCAUUUCUCACGCUAUGGAAGUAUUUGAUACUGUAGAGCGUCGGGAAAGAGUUGUUAAAAUCGUGUAUGAAUUCAUGGAAUUUAUUGAAUUUAUCAGAAAAUGAUGUCUUAUUAUAUUUUGAUUAUGUGAUUGGAAAACUCUUUUUUUUGUAUGUGAAUGUUCAUUUGGGGGCGACAUCAGUUUGUUUUUAUUUUUUUUAAACCUCUGUAUCUCUGAUUUUGUUUGUUAGAAUUUCAAAAUAAUGGUCAAGCGUUUAUACAAUCCAGAAACAUUUGACAUAGAGAUACUGAACGCUCUCACUCAGAUCUGUGUAUGUGCACGCCCCCAUUGAUGUGCAUGUGGUGGGUGGGGUGGUUGUAUGUGUUGCCCUGUCAUCUGGUGGCACCCACAGGCUUUGCCAAUGCAACAGUGUGGGUGACAUUGCGGCAGUUUGCACCGCAUCGUCUCAUUUUUCUUUUUUUCCCCCCCUCUCGAAACAUUUAUUUCUUCACUGGCAGCAUCUCCGCAUAUGGGCUCAGUCCAUCCUGCUGUUGUUUUCAUCAUUACUGCUGUUUUUUUGUUCUGUUCCUCUGGUUGUACUUGACCGCCUUAAACUGCUGUAGUCCGGGCUGUUUUGUUUUAUUUUUAAAGUGUGAGGUGGAGUCGUGGGAGCGAUGUUAACCGCUCAAGACGCUGUGAAGUUAACCACCCUGACGAAACAUCUCCAUCUUUUGCUGUGCUUACUUGAAAACAAAGGGGGAGUUUUUUUUGUUUGUUUGUUUUUUUAAAGCAAGGUAUAAAAAUAAAAACGUUGAAAUGUCAUAGACAGUUUAUGGAAAGGCAGACGGGGGGGUGGGGGGCGUGAAGUGACUGAGUCUGUUUUGAGGACAAUCACUGUCUGAAAAAAAAAACAAGCAGAUUUUCAGAUAUAUUUGCUCCCUCUUGAGAUUAAAAAUUUUCUUUGCUUUUCUUUUUAUGUUCCUUUUUCAGAUUUAGUCAUUUUUAGCUUUGACAAUCAUAGUUGGGUUGAUUUUUUUUCUUCUCAAGGGGAGUAAAUUCUAAUUGUGUUUAGUUUUGUAAUUUUUUGGUGUGCUGUUGUUGACAUUUUUAAAUUGUGUGCAAACUGCAAUAAAUUAUAAGAAUCUUGAAAUUCAA